CUGGAGAUUGGGAAAGGUCACUGGCUAGGCCGUAUAAGGCUCUGCUCUUCUAGUUCUAUUUCUGCAGCCGCACAGGUCAGAGCAAACACCCAGCGUUACAUACACUGAACAACCCAGUGCGGCCAGGCCAAGGCACUCCCCUGGCAGGAACGAAAGCAGCACCAUGUCCAAACUGGUGGAGUGUGUCCCCAACUUUUCCGAGGGCAAUAACAAAGAGGUGAUCGAUGCCAUCGGCGAGGCCAUCUCUCAGACACCGGGGUGCGUCCUGCUGGAUGUGGACGCCGGCCCGUCCACCAAUCGGACGGUCUACACCUUUGUGGGGAGUCCAGACGCUGUCGUCGAGGGGGCUCUGCGUGCAGCCAGAGUGGCUUUUCAGCUCAUUGACAUGGGCAAGCACAGAGGAGAACAUCCCCGGAUGGGUGCCCUGGAUGUCUGUCCUUUCGUCCCAGUGAGGGAUGUCACCAUGGAAGAAUGCAUUCGCUGUGCCAGUCUGUUUGGGCAGCAAUUGUCAGUGGAGCUGGGCGUGCCUGUGUACCUGUAUGGAGAAGCAGCGCGGAAGGAGAGCAGGAAAUCUCUGCCAGCAAUCCGAGCUGGGGAAUACGAAGCCCUCCCUGAAAAGCUCACAAAGGCCGAGUGGGCUCCUGAUUUUGGCUCCGCGUCCUUUGUUCCAAGAUGGGGAGCCACAGUCACUGGUGCGCGUACAUUCCUCAUUGCGUACAACAUCAACCUCCUGUGCACAAAGGAGCUGGCGCAUCGGAUUGCUCUCAACAUCCGGGAGCAGGGCCGCGCGAAGGACCAGCCUGGGCGUUUGAAGAAGGUCCAAGGCAUGGGCUGGUACUUGGAUGAGGAGAAUAUUGCCCAGGUUUCUAUAAACCUGCUGGACUUUGAAAUCACUUCCCUCCACACGGUCUAUGAGGAGGUCUGCAAAGACGCCCGGGAGCUGAGCCUGCCUGUGGUGGGCUCCCAGCUGGUGGGGCUUGUCCCCAAGAAGGCCAUGCUUGAUGCAGCGGAGUAUUACAUUCAGAAAGAAAACCUCUUCAUCCUGGAGGAGGAACAGAAAAUCAGACUGGUAGUCAGCCGCCUGGGCCUGGAUUCCUUGUCUCCAUUUAACCCCCACGAGCGCAUUAUUGAGUACCUGGUGCAGAGUGGCCAGGCAGACGGAGACUUGGUGUCCAAGUCACUCCACGCGUUCGUGCGUGCCGUUGGGGCGAGGUCAGCAGCUCCCGGGGGAGGAUCGGUGUCUGCGGCAAUGUCUGCUCUGGGGGCAGCUCUGGGCUGCAUGGUGGGGCUGAUGUCCUCCGGGAAGCGUCAGUUUGAGGCGCUGGAAUUGGUCAUGAGGAAGCUGAUCCCUCCGUUCCAUCAGGCCAUGAAUGAGCUGAUUGUCAUGGUGGACACGGACUCGCUUGCUUUCAGCAGUUACAUGGACGCAAUGAAGCUGCCUAAGAACACGCCUGAAGAGAAAGAAAAGCGCACAGCUGCUAUGCAGCAGGGGCUGAAGAAGGCUGUAGGUGUCCCCUUCUCGCUGGCAGAGAAAGUGAACGCCUUAUGGCCCAUGUUAAAAGAGAUGGCUCAGUACGGGAACGUCGCCUGCAAAUCGGAUCUCCAGGUGGCGGCUAAAGCGCUGGAAGCAGGAGUGUUUGGUGCCUAUUUCAACGUGGUGACCAACCUGAAAGAUAUAACGGAUGAAGCCUUCAGGAAGGAGAUGCACGGCAGAGUCUCCAGCUUCUUGGCGGAGGCCCAGCAGAGCGCGGCGUUGGUGCUGGAGCUGCUGGAGAGCCGGGGGCGGUGAGAGAGGGGGGCGCUCGUCGGCAGUGUUAGCACUGAGGCCUGGCUUGGCUGGGCCCUGCUGCCCAGAAUACAAACCUGAAAUGUU